CUCUCUGAUUCACUCUAUCGCGUGUUUGAGGGGACGGGUAGUUGGAGUAAGGAGUCGCCGGGUGGUAGCGCAUCACUACGCCUUUUCCAGACAAACAACGUCAAGUCAAGACUCAAGAGACGACUCCCGGCGACAACUUCUGUGAGACUAAACCACGCCACAACUGCGCCACAGUCAGGGCACAUUCUCCAAACGCCGCCGCGCUGCCGUCUGUCUCCACUAGCCACUUAGCAUCCUUCAGCUGAGGAUCAAGGUGUUGUGAGCAGCUAGCCUCCCAGCUAAUCACCCAGCAGCUCUUGCGCGGCGUGCCCUAGCGUCUGUAGCUCGGUGGAUGCUCGGGCGUUCCUCGGCGGAUCUCGUCCCCGUCCAGACCCACCGCGGAGCCCCCGGCGCGCCUGGACACGGCGUGUGCGUCGCGUUAGUUGACACCAUCACACCCAUCUCCCCAACCCCUUCACCUCUGCCCCUGCCCCUCCACCCGAAACACUGGAAAUCCACAAGCGGCCGGAGAACGGCGAAGGGCCGGGGAAGCUGGGGGUGGCAGCGCUACCGGACCCGCACGGAGUCGGCUCGGUCCCGGAGAAGCACGGCCGCGCGGAGACACCGACAGGCAUGGACGGGCUGGCUGUGGAAGUGCGCGGCUCCAACGGGGCCUUCUACAAGGGUUAUAUCAAAGAUGUCCACGACGACUCGCUCACGAUCGUCUUUGAGAACAACUGGCAGCCCGAGCGACAGUUGCCCUUCAGCGACGUGCGGUUGCCUCCUCCGGCAGACUACCACAAGGACAUCGGCGAAGGGGACGAGGUGGAGGUCUACUCCAGGGCCAACGAGCAGGAGCCGUGUGGAUGGUGGCUGGCCCGCGUCCGCAUGAUGAAGGGGGAGAACAAGAACAAAGAGAAGAAUUGUCAGCAGUUCUACGUGAUCGAAUACGCCGCCUGCGACGCCACGUACAACGAAAUCGUCACGUCAGAGCGCAUCCGGCCCGUCAACCCCAACAGUCCCUCGUCCAAAAACUCCUUCCACAAGGUGCCCAUCCCCGUACCAGAAGACCUACGAGACAUCUGUGCAAACGACAGCAUCCACAAAGACUUCAGGAAAGCAAUCGGAGCCAACUGCAUCUUCUACAGCGCCCAGACACACGAGCUCAUAGUGCUGUCGACAAAUGAAACCACAGUAAAGCGCGCGACCCUUCUGAGCGACAUGCAUUUCCGCAGCAUCCGAACCAAACUCAUGUUAAUGUCCAGAAACGAAGAGGCCACCAAACAUUUAGAGACCAGUAAGCAGCUAGCGUCGGCAUAUCAGGAAGAGGUGCGGGUCAGGGAGGACCUGAUGGGGCUGGCCAUCGGCUCGCACGGCGCCAACAUCCAGCAGGCGCGGAAGGUUCCCGGGGUCACGGCGAUCGAACUGGAAGAGGAGAGCUGCACGUUCAGGAUCUACGGAGAGACCCCAGAAGCCGUGAAACAAGCCAGAGAAUACCUUGAGUUCAAAGAAGACUACUUUCAAGUUCCCAGAAACCUUGUCGGCAAAGUCAUCGGCAAAAACGGCAAAGUCAUCCAGGAGAUCGUGGACAAAUCGGGGGUGGUGCGCGUCAGGAUCGAGGGGGACAAUGACAAAAAGCUUCCCCGUGAGGAGGUAGGCAGCCAACAGGGCAUGGUUCCGUUCGUGUUCGUGGGCACCAAGGAGAACAUCAGCAACGCUCAGGCCCUGCUGGAGUACCACGUGUCCUACCUCCAGGAGGUGGAGCAGCUGCGCCUGGAGCGUCUGCAGAUCGACGAGCAGCUGCGUCAGAUCGGGGUCGGCUACAGAGCUCCCCCCAGUGGCAGGAACAGCGGCCCCGGAGGCGACAGGGAGAAGGGCUACCUGACCGACGAGAGCAGCAACUCCCUCCACACCUCCCGCACCUACGGAGGCAGAGGCAGGGGACGCCGCACCAACAACAACCAGUACUCCGGAUACGGCACAAACUCUGAACAAUCCAAUGCGUCUGAGUCUGAGGAUGUGGAACGAGAACAGCGGCCCCGGGGCCUCGGUGGUGAUGAGCGAGGCUCCAGACGCGGCGGCCGCGGCAGAGGCUCCAGCUCAGGACGGGGCCGCGGGGGCCCAGUGUCCAAACCCUCCAACUCCAUCAGCUCAGUGCUGAGGGACCCGGACAGUAACCCGUACUCUCUGCUGGAGGGCGAGGGUGAGCUGGCCGACGGAGACGUGAGCGAGGGCGCGGGGGAGAGGCGCAGACGCUCCAGGCGCCGCCGCACCGACCAGGACCCCAGUGUGAUGGACGCGGGCGAGUCCGACGGCCAGGGCGGCCCCAGCGAGAACGGCCUCGAUGAAGAAGCCAGACCCCAGCGCCGCAACCGGAGCCGUCGUCGCCGUAACCGUGGCAACCGGCCCGAGGGAGGUUCAGCCAGCCGCGACAGACAGCCGGCCGAGGUGACAGUUGCUGAUUACAUAUCUCGCGCUGAGUCCCAGAGCAGACAGAACCUGCCCCAGAAAGAAAACCACACUGGACCUGAGCCCAAGGAGAACGGGACUAGCUCCAAGAAGGAUGAGCGGACGCCGUCCAAGCGCUCCCCCAGCAAAGGCAUGAACGCAGGCGGCGACUCCGGCCUGACCCUGGUCAACGGGGUGUCGUAAAGCACGCGGCCCGCCCGCCUCUCACAAACCUAAGUCUAGAGCAAGACUUCAUGGCAAACUCUGUCCCUGCUUGCAUUAACGUAAACCUUAAACAGAUGAGACAAAAUACUGAAUCCAUACUAUGAGAGUGAAAAAGUACAAAAAAACGACAAACGCAUCUACUUAAAACCACACGGUGUAUGCUAUCCUAUCUAUCAGUACUUAGUGCUUAUUUAAAAAAACAACUAGCUUGCCAAAAAAGAGCUGGUGGAUAUGACUUGAUUUUGAAAUACUGAAACACGAGAAACAGGACAAGACGUUUUUGUUCAAGAAAAUCUUUAUUUGUGUCUUUUAUUUUUGUUCAUUUUGUUCAUUGUUUAUCACUGGUUUGGACUUGGCGGUCACUCUCUCUACCGAACAGUGUUACAGGACGGAGAGGUGUGGGCUGUAGGGAGCGGCGCACGAGCGGGCGGUCCGAACGGGACGCACACUGAACCUGGGAGAUUGGAAUAUUAAGACAUUGUGCCUUGAAUUUGAAAAAAAAAAGAUAUAUUAAAAACAUUCUUCAUUAAGUUUGCUAUUGUUACUUAAGAGGGGAGAGGUUGUUCUUCCAGGGUUUUUUUUUUUUUGUUUUACGGAGAGAAAAAGGAAACGGACGAGAGAGGCUAGAGAAGCGGAGGGAGUGGCUGGCCAAGGUGGUGACUUAAAGAGGUGCCAAAAUCGGAAUAUUUGGGCACUUUCGGGGGGUAUGUACUGAUGUGCGGUUGCGUGUGAGAUUUGGCAAAAAGGAAAAACUGAGAGGUGACAAUUGGUAACGACUAGAGGCUUGUGCUGGUGACGCGACAACCACGAAGCCUACACAGGGUCCAAAAACAAACAAAAAAAGCGGCGCUGCUCGUAAAACAGGACAGGCUUUAGGAAAACAAAAAAACUCACGAGAAACCUAGAACUCGCCGCGCCUCCGCUCGGCGUCGAGGGAGGCAGCGGUCACAACAGUGUCUUGAAACUAUAGCUGUACUAAAAAAAAUAAAAACCACUACGGCAGAAGCAGACCGCCGGCCGCCUCUCCGGGGUCGCACGGCGCUUCGGGGAGGUCCGAGCGGAAAAGGCCCGAAAACGUGUGGGACGGCUUCAACGCGAGAGCCAAAAAACAAAAACAAAACUGACACAACCACAACGAAAACACACAAAAAAAACCCAACGAAAACACGGCCAUUCUAAACAGGUACGCACGCGAAUCACUCCGAGCGGUCGACGUUUAAACGGACUUGUCUCGUACCUCACGGACUGGGUUUCAACGGCGAGUGCGAGGGACUUUUGAAAAAAAAAAAAAUCUCAAUGGCUCUCUGCUCAUGUUGUUGUCUUGGUUACCGCUCUCAAGUUCUAUUUUUUUUCUUUUGUUGCUAUUUCCACAUCUUUAGAAAAUAAUAAUAAAAUCCAAAUGAAAUCAAACUCUUCUCUGGAGAUGAACUGUUGAUUUCUGUCUCGUGCAGUCUAUUUUUCUAACCUGCAUGGCGUUUGGGUGACAAAAAAAAACAAAAAAAAAAACGUGCCUGUCUUUGCGCAUGAUGGAGAAAAGAAAAAACAACAAAAAACGUCAUCUACUUAAAACUAAAGCCAUUGAUUCCACUCACUAUUAGAACUGCUGCUAACUCACACACUUGAAUGUCCCACUAACUUUGAAGAAAUUUGUGUUGACCCCUUACUUAACCGCUCAUCUGCUAAACGUCAGGAAAGAGACCUAAUAUUUUUUUUGUUAUGUUUUUGUUUCGCAUGGCAAGCAAGAGUGACCAAAGGUUCUCAAAACGGGAGAAUUGGGGCGACAUAGAUGCUGCUGUUGAACAUUCUGCUCACCUGUGUUGUUGGAAAAAACGAGUUUAAGUUUUUGUACCUGGGUUGGAGUUUGCAUGUGCGAGUGGACCUUUUUAUUACCUCAUUUUGUGACCUGUAUAUCCUGUGUCCUGUUUGGAAGCGUGUGUGUGUGUGUGUUUGCGUGCGUUUGCGUGUGUGUGUGUGCGCGUGCGUGUGUGUGUGCGUUUGCGUUUGGCGAGUGCUGGUUGUACAGUCGACUCCUCACUCUUUGUCAGAGUUUUUGUCUCACUCAUGUUCUGAUGGCAAUAAAGGACUUUUCAUUGUUUGGUAUA